GCUCGAGGCUGCGUUGUUAUUCUGAUUUACCUGCUGGGAAAUUUUGUAACCAUGUUGCAACCUCUGUUGGAUAUCUUCGUUUAUGCAUAUUUGCACAUCGUGAAGCCUGGGUCCUGUAUUAAUCUUUCAUCUUCAGUAUCGGCGGCUCUUGUUCCCGCGAUGGAGCGCUACACACCGGAGGCCCCGGAACCCAAGAGAUCCUGGGAUCAGAGGCCAGCACUUCCCAGGAGACGGCCUCUGACGGCUACAUCUUCUACCUUGGCGGCUGGGAGUCAGUCUGUGACUCGUCAGCCGCUUCCUCGGCUCCGCCUUCGUGAACCUCUGCCAAGGCUGAAGCACCUGAAGGCCUCCUCUUUGCUUCGCUUGAGGAAACUGCAGGCCCGUCUGCGUGAUGCAAAAGGCCAGAAAAAGCCUCUGCCCCGACUCCGUGGUGGACAUGGACUUUCUCAGGGAAUGGUGGAUGCUCUUCCAGAUGUCCCUACGGGCAGUCACCUGGUGGAGCUGACCAUACAAGGUCGGCCAAUACAGUUUUGGGAUGUCUCAACCUUCCCCGUUCCGGCCGACCAGCCCAUGGAUACUGAUGAUGAGACUCCGGGAGAUGCAGCCCAGGGCCUACAUGGUGUCUUCCCCACGAGGGCGCUUGGACGUGUGUCCGGAGAUGAUACACGGACUAAAAGUAGCCCGCUCCCUCGAGCUCUUCGUCAUGUUCCUUCGAAAAAGAAAGGAGGCAAGAAGCCUGCAGGAACAGCCCCGGCUGUGGCUGCUUCCUCUGGUGCUAUGGCCAAAUCCAGCUCGGCUCGGAAGCUCCCGAAGAAGGCCAGAGGGUCAAUUCGUGAAAGCUUGGCUACGCCAGGGGAGUUGACUAAGACCACUGGCUCUACCUCUCGUCGAUCUCAUGCGCCGAAGCUGCGGGCUGCUAAGUGCAAGGCAGCUGCUUCGUCUGGGGAAGGACGUACUGAUGCGGGACCAUCUCCCUUGUCGGCCGCUGACAAUAAUGAUGACCCUGACCCGGAAACCCAGAGGCGCAUCAUGAAUGAGAGAUGCGCUGCUUUGCUUGAAGCACAGCGUGAAGCCCUUAGACGUCGCAUGGAGCAACGACGGGAGGCGAUCAAGGCUGCGACGGCCAAAGCACGAGCAGUUCAUGACCCGCCUGUCACCGAGCCGAUGCCGACUGAAGUUGCUGCAGACGAUCAUGCAGCUAUAUCAGUUGAUGUUGGGACCCCUGGAGAGCCUAUGGCAGAUGUACAGCCAGAUGCGGCCACGACCUCCGGACAGCCUCCGCUCCCUUCUGCAUACAUGAAAUGUGCGAUCUUGACUGGGCUGUUUGUGCUUCUUAUUUUCCUUAUCAGCAGAUGUUGCUGCUUUGAGUUCGAUCAGGUCAUGUUCCAGAUCUUCUGGACUCCCUCAUGCACAUCCUGGGCCGGAAUCUUGAUAUAUUUGCUCUGCAGCACCAUGUGGUCGUUGGUGUUGAUGACCACUCGCUUUUUGCGGGAAUGCUUCUCAGCCCUUGGGUAUCUGCCUGAGUUUGAAUGGAUACAGAUUGAGCACUUUCUCAGGUCGGAGGAGCGAGGGUUGCCUCUGACGCCACAGAGGCAGGGCGCAAGUUGCUGGUGGCACUUUCUACAAAGGCAGAUGGUGUACGGCCAGAUCUUUGAAUGUCAGAGGCACUUGAUCUCAACAUUAUAUCCUGGAAUUCGAGUGGACUUGGAGCUGCGGUCUUACCUGAAUUUCUGUUGUGGCUUGACCAGUGUGAGUGCUGAGCAGGUUCGUGUUCACAAUGUGCUGCAGGGUCGCCUCACUCAUAUCAGGCAAUUGAUGGAUGAUUUGCACUCCGAGGAUGUCAUGUGCAGGCUUAUUUUGCUCUUCUGGUGGAUGGGCGACGAGCCGGGGAUUGCCCCGCCGACGAGAGCCGAAACCAGUUACUUUCUGAGCCUCUUCCCCCGGCCCUCCCAGAUGCAGAAGGACCAGGCCGAGCCGAUGGAUACAAAGGACCAGCCAAAACGUGGGAUAUUCGAGGAUACUUCCAGACGGGAGGAAAGUCUUUCUAAGGCCAUGAAGGGGGAGAUUCACGAGGAAGCAGCCAGUCCCAAGGAGCCUGUGGGAGUUCGAGCCUCUGCCUCGCAGCCACCGGUCAAGGUACCGGUAAUGGGCCCGCCCACUCCAUCAUCGACCACAGCAUCUCCGGCCAGUACUUUGACGCCACAGCAGCAGCUGCUUCCGAAUGCAGCUACGGCCACACCGUCGGGGAAAGGCAAGACCAAGAAGGGCAAGCAGGGCAAAGGACAGGGCAAAGGUCAGAAGGGAAACAACGAUCCCUCUCAGACUACUUCGAGCUCCAGUCAUCAGGACAACGUCAUCUCAGCGAUGGGGCGCCUGUGUUUGCGCCACGAAGACGCGAUUGCAGUGCAGCGUGCGAACCAAGGAUACGUCUGGUGGUUGAGGACCGCUGGACCCGAAUCGAUAGUACCAUCGCUGGCCAGAGUGUCAGCAGCUUGGAACCGCAAGAAGGACGAAGAGGGCAUACAGGAGCAUCCGCUUCGGAUAGUCAUGCUGUCGACCUUGUUGGAAGUGAUGAUCGAGAGAGCUCAGGCGGCGGUGGAGCCGACACGCUUGGAAGCCUCAGCCCAGGCGGGUCUCAUCCUGAAUCAGGGGGACGAACCCUUUUGGCCGUUUCUACGCUGGAACCCAGCCCGUCGUGUCGAGGAAAUCGUGUCGAGCGAGGAAGCGAGACCCCUGGAGCAUUCAAGAUUGAUGAGGAAGCUCAACCAGAUCAGGGAUACGAUCAAUCCCGAGAACAUACUGCGCUGCCACGGCUACCACUCCAUCUCCGAGAACAUGACGGGGGACACCUGGCGACUACUCCUGGAAAUCGAGACUGUUGGCGAGGAAGCACAGAAUCUUCAUGCUUGGCUUCGGCGGAUGAUCAACUGCACAGCAUGGAAGCUUAUAGGCGGUCGAUUUCGCCGCGAGCGGCUGGGUCGCUCUCCGCUAGCCAAUCGGCUGGCGGAGCUCCUGGGCUAG